AUGUCCAUCAACCUUUUAGCAGACCGGUCUGCAAAUUCGUUGGCCGCACUCAAUGAAACCGGGCUACAAGCGCUUUCGAGGCUGGAAUUAUCCAACUCCAAAUCUCCCAAAUCUCUCUUAGUACAGGAACUGUUCAGUGAAACCUACUCACUGCUAAGGCCUUUACAAGACAAAACGGUUACCUCUAAAUAUUAUAAGCAGCUGCUCCAUAAAUUGACCAAAAUACUCUGUCACUUCAAAGACGGAACCAUUGAGCCUCAGGACAGAGACCUGGCCCAGUUGCAGUAUUUGAUCUCCGUCUACGCCACCAUAGCUCUGGUUACCAUCUCCAGUCAUGUUCUGCUUCAUUACACGCUCGAGAUUUCGGAAGACAUCGAUUACUACGACACAGUACUCAGCUCUAACCUCAAUACCUGUAUCUAUACUAUUCAGACUCUCCCGAUGACCCUGAAAAAGGGACUUGACAGUUUGGUGAAUGAGGCAGUUCGCAAAAAUCUGAAUUCUGCCAGCACUGAGAAUUUGGCUCCCAGCUGGGUCCCCCAAAGAUUUUCGUCUUUCUGCUCUAAGGUCAUAAGAUGGAUUCGUUUCCUCAUAGAUGCCACGUCCGACAACCUCCAGCGUCUGUUGCUCUCGCCAACAAGCUUCCUGGUAGAAAAGCAUCGCAAGACCAACAGUCUUGUGCGCAACUUUGUAUCCACUGUUGUGGGGCUGCCUAUAGCUUAUUCCAAGAUGGAAGUCAAGCGUAAAAGAGACACAUUAAAUGAAUUGAAGCACGAAAAUGUCGAGAAGCUCGGUUUCUUGCUGAAAGAGAUGCCAUACAACUCGCUAGCACAGCAGUCGGACACUCUUUCUUCGUUUAUUCCAAAAUUGGCAGGCUUGUACCUGCCAUCAACAUCAGACAUAGACGACCAUUCCCUGAGUUCUUCUCUGAGGUCCUUGUCACUUUUGUUCGAGACGCUGCCCAGAGUGAAGGAAGAUCUGGAGUCAAAAUAUCGUCAGAACCAAGAGCCCAGGACACUGCUCAAAUACUGGCUUCCUAUCUGUGCUGCUCUCUGGUACGGCCCAAACCUCGCCUAUGACCUCGUUUCCAACAGGGAAGCCAUCGCUAAUUGGCUGAAACUCAAUUUGCUGGAUACCACCCUUGGAUUCUGGAACAACUGGAUAGUGGAGCCAUUCAACAAUAUUCUUAGCACAAUCCGACACGAUCAAAACUCACGCAUCGCAAUAAUGUCCCAAAAGUCGCUCUCCUCUGACUUGGAGUCGCUCGAGAGAAUGGUACUCGAAUACUCUCUGGACAACCAGGCCUAUAUUCGUCAGAGCGAGGGGAUGUCGGAAGACAUGGCGGAACUGGUGAAACAGGAGGUCGCACAAGGGAAUCUCGAGAUCGUGAUGAAAGGCUACGAAAACGACCUCAAGUCCCCUCUCAAGUCCAUCAUUCUCGGGGACAUGAUUAGAAACUUGCUAAUACAAAUCCAGAAGAUGAAGGUGGACGGCGCAGUGGCCAUGUCUGGAAUCGACAAGAUCAUCAGGUCUCAAGAAUUGGUUUUCGGAUUUGUAGCUGCCUCUCCUAGCUGCUUGAUUGUCUGGUACGUGGCCAAAGUUGUCCGAUCGUACCUGAGAACCGGCUAUUUCAUCAAGUUCACCAAAAACACAAAAAUUGCUUUGCGCCGCUCGCUCAACAACCUUGAAAGGUUAGUCGAUCUCGAGCUUACCACGUCCGAUUCCUCAACGUACUUCAACGAGGGUUUGCUUCUGCUGGAACUGGUGAAUCUGCGCAAGCUAGGACUGCAAAUUCUCCCUGUGCAUGCAAGGCAGGAUUGGAUUAGAGACCUGAACGACUUAUCAGACCAAAAUUAUGACUACAACUUUAAACUCAUGACUAUCUCAAGAAUAUGGCAUAGUUACAGGACACUCAUAGAAUAA